GUCCCCUUAACAACUUCUCCACCACCACCGGAGAGAACAAAAAAUCCCACCACCAUGUCUUACAAAGACUGUGGCUCCCAUAGCCACUCUCGCCGGAAACUAAUCCGUCGCAUAAUAUGGUCAAUAAUCAUUUUCUUCUUCCUAGUCUUCCUCACAAUCCUCCUCAUUUGGGCAAUUCUCCAACCUUCAAAGCCACGUUUCAUCCUCCAAGACGCCACCGUCUACGCCUUCAACGUCUCCGGAAACCCACCGAACCUCCUCUCCUCAAACUUCCAGAUCACUCUCUCUUCCCGUAACCCUAACGACAAGAUCGGUAUUUACUACGACCGUCUUGAGGUCUACGCUACUUACCAGAGCCAACAGAUCACUUACCGAACAUCCAUCCCUCCUACGUACCAAGGACACAAAGAAGUCAACAUCUGGUCGCCGUUUGUCUACGGAACCUCCGUCCCCAUCGCUCCUUUUAACGGCGUUAGUCUUGACGGCGAUCAAGAUAACGGCGGUGUUGUGUUGGAUAUUCGUGCUGACGGUAGAGUGAGGUGGAAGGUUGGGACGUUUAUUACAGGGAAGUAUCAUCUUUAUGUGAGGUGUCAGGCGUUUAUUAACUUUGGUAAUAAUAGAGGUUCCGGAGUUGUGGUCGGAGAUAACGCUGUUAAGUAUACGUAUGCUCGUGGUUGUAGUGUUAGUGUCUAAAACUGCGACGGUGCGAAGAUACUAUAUAGUCUUUCUUCUUAAUAAUCAUAAGUGGUGUUAAUUGUACAUUUUUGCUUAUACGUUGGCAAAUGUUAUAGAUCCGUGAUGUUGUUUUGUUGCAACGAGUUGUAACUUGUAAGAAUUUAAAUUUUAAAUUCUCUUUUUAAGUUGUAAUUUUCUUAAAAUGUAUUUUCGGUGACUAAUAUGCAUCUUGUGAUCCUAUCAAAUCGACUUUUGCG